AGUACCAAUGAUAGUACUUUGACAGCGAGCUAGCUAGCUUGUCUCCACACCACUUCUGACCUCCGCUCCUAAGAUGGCUGGUGUACGAGCCCUUGGUGUUCUCUCCAGGUUAACACCAAGGAGAUAUCCUCUCUUCACAGGCGGUACUUUUCGCACCUUCUCAGUAGCUCCAGCAAUGCUAGCCCGAACCCACGUGAACUAUGAAGUCAAGGGCGAUGUUGCUGUCAUAAGGAUGAACGCCCCAGACUCCAAGGUUAACACACUGUCACUCCAAAUGCAAAAGGAGAUGACUGAGGUCAUGAGUGAAGUGUGGGCCAACAAUGCUGUUCAAAGUGCUGUCCUCAUCUCCUCAAAGCCGGGAUGCUUCAUUGCAGGAGCUGAUAUUAAAAUGAUCGAGUCCUGCAACACUCCCGAGGAGGUCACCAAACUCUCUCAGGAUGGGCAGAAGAUGUUCGACCUGAUUGAAAAAUCUCCUAAACCUAUUGUUGCGGCUAUCAACGGCUCCUGCUUAGGAGGAGGCUUAGAGUUUGCCAUCGCCUGCCAGUACAGAAUUGCAACAAAGAGCAGCAAAACGGUUCUUGGUACUCCAGAAGUAAUGCUGGGUCUACUACCUGGAGCUGGUGGCACGCAGAGACUUCCUAAAAUGGUUGGUCUACCCACUGCCUUUGACAUGAUGCUGACAGGAAGAAAUAUCCGAGCAGAUAAAGCCAAGAAGAUGGGGCUUGUCAAUCAUCUUGUAGACACCUUAGGACCUGGGCUGAAGAGUCCAGAGGAGAGAACAAUAGACUACCUUGAGGAGGUUGCCAUCGAAUUUGCCAGAGGGAUCGCCAAUAAGAAGAUCCCCCUCCGCAAAGAGAAAGGCAAGAUGGAGAAAAUUCAAGACUAUGUUAUGAGCUUUCAGUUUGUGCGGAAUCAGAUUUACAAAACCGUCCACAGUAAAGUUAUGAAGCAGAGCAAGGGACUUUAUCCAGCACCUCUGAAAAUAAUCGAAUGCACAAAGACUGGAAUUGAACAGGGCCCCACAGCUGGAUACUUAGCCGAGUCUCAGAACUUUGGUCAGUUGGCAAAAACCUCAGAAUCAGCAGCCCUGAUUGGUCUCUACCACGGUCAAGUCGCGUGCAAGAAGAACCGCUUUGGUACUCCUCAAAAAGAAGUGAAGACUCUUGCCAUCUUGGGAGCAGGUCUGAUGGGAGCAGGUAUUGCACAGGUGUCUGUGGACAAAGGUGUGCGCACAAUCCUGAAGGACACCACUGUGUCUGGACUGGCCAGGGGAGAACAGCAGGUUUACAAAGGGCUCAAUGACAAGACCAAAAAGAAGAACAUCACGUCAUUUCAGAGAGACUCCAUCAUGUCCAACUUGAUUGGCACGCUGGAUUACAGCGGCUUUGACAAGGCCGACAUGGUUAUUGAAGCUGUGUUUGAAGACCUUAACAUCAAGCAUGCAGUUCUGAAGGAGGUGGAGGCUGUGGCUCCCCCUCACUGCAUAUUUGCCAGCAACACAUCUGGUCUGCCCAUCAAGGAUAUCGCUGCUGCCAGCAAGAGACCAGACAAGGUGAUUGGAAUGCACUACUUCUCUCCAGUGGACAAGAUGCAGCUCCUGGAGAUUAUAACCACUGAUCAAACAUCAAACGACACCACAGCGUCUGCUGUAGCAGUUGGCCUGAAGCAGGGCAAAGUCAUCAUAGUCGUUAAGGAUGGACCCGGAUUCUAUACAACAAGGUGUCUGGGUCCCAUGUUGGCUGAAGCAGUACGAGUACUUCAGGAAGGAAUUGACCCCAAAAAGUUAGAUGUGCUCACCACAACCUUGGGGUUCCCUGUGGGUGGGGCCACACUGGCUGACGAAGUUGGUCUUGACGUAGCCAUCCAUGUGGCUGACGAACUUGGCGGUGCUUUUGGCGACCGCUUUCAUGGUGGAAAUGUAGCGAUUCUGCAAGAGAUGUUGGACAAGGGAUUCAUGGGCCGCAAAUCAGGAAAGGGUCUCUUCAUCUACCAGCAAGGACUCAAGGUCAGAGAAGUGAACCCAGGAUUCGAAGAAAUCAUUGAGAAAUACAGACUGACCCCAAAUCCUGCUGUUUUCUCAGAUUCUGACGUGCAGUACAGGCUCGUGUCCCGAUUCGUCAAUGAGGCCGUGUUGUGUUUGCAGGAGGGCAUUUUGAACAGCCCUUUGGAAGGAGACAUCGGGGCUGUGUUCGGGCUGGGAUUCCCCCCCUGCCUUGGAGGCCCUUUCCGUUUCGUGGACAGCUUUGGUGCCGACAAGCUGGUGGAGAAGAUGAGGAGAUACGAAGCCGUGUAUGGAAUGCCGUUCACGCCAUGCCAGCUCCUCCUGGAUCACGCAAAGGAUCCAAGCAAGAAAUUUCACAAGUGACCGACUUGCCAUGUGUGCCAGUAGAUUUUAAUAAACUCCAGUCUGCCACUAGAAUGUGCCUAACAUGAGUGGUGGUAUACAUAAUGAAAAUGCACUCAGUUGCCAGUUUAUUAGGUACGCCUUGUUAAAAAUAAUGCAGUCUAAUACAGCAGUCCUAAGCCUAAAAAAAACAUGAACACUAUGACUUAUGAUGGUUAAGAAUUAUUAAAGGACUGUUGUACUUGUUUUAGCAGGUGCAACUAACAGAGUGGCAACUGAGUGUGUAAUAUCAGCAAUAUUGGAUGUUCCUUUUUUUUGUAACUUUAUUGAUUUACUUGAUAAUGAUGUAUAGAUUGAGAAGCUGAUGGAUGCUAAUUAUUCACACACUGCAGAUGUAAAGAGACUGGAGGAAAAAGACAACAUUUUCCAACUGGCAGUAAAUUCCUCAGUAUUGAUGAAUGUCUACCAGUAUAAUUCAGCGACUGGCUUUUUUUGUACAUUAAAGUCUUCAUGGCCUGCUUUGAACAAUGUUGUAAAUGUGAAGCCUGAAUAAAACUUUGUUAUUGACUCAAA